AUGCUGAUCCAGUCUCCUGUGGAAGGAUACAUCUCAAAACGUUACACGAUCAGACAAAUCAUUUCCGAAAGCACCAAUGUCGUAUUCGGGACCGUCGCCGAGGUUAACGUCAAGCGACGGACUGCGAAGGUUAAGGUCGAAGAAAACCUUAAAGGCACGAGCGAAUUUCAGGAGAUUCGGAUUCGGUUCGAUGUCUACAAGGGAGAAGCAGAUCACAGGGAAGAGAUUAUCCAUUUCCUGAAAGAAGGCGAACCUAUGAUUGUCUGCUACCUGAAAGCGGGGGGACGCAUUGACAGUAUCGCGCAUACAAGAGGGAAAUGGUUCCAAACUCAAGUCACGGCAAAAAACAAGGAACGCACAGAGUGGGGCUGGUGGCUCUUUACACACUUUGAGAAAUACCUCAACAGAGACAAGGCAUCAAGACGUGAUUCAACACAGGAUUUUCAAAAUGAAUUGCGUGAUUUACUCAGUGGAGACGCGCUUGAGCUCCUGCUACUCAAAACGGAUAGAUAUGACUCAGAACCUCGCGCCAUCGCCGAACUCGACACUGUAGCAGACUACGGUUUUGUUUAUCAUGCGACGACCGACCGUAAUUUACCGACACUCCGCGAAGCAGACAUUUUAUGGCUCGGUUUCCGCUCACUUUCCGAAGGGAGAUACCGGCUUAACAAGGAACAAGAAAGACGGAUUAAGGAAUUCGUGAAAAACGGCGGUAUUGUCAUCGCCUCUGGACAGGAUAGCGAUAAGGAACGUCCCUGCGGUAGCGGUUGGCUACCCGAACCGCUUACGGGUGUGGAAAGCCCAUCUCGGAAUGAUUUCCAACCCACCUCCCACGCAGGUGAACUCUUUAAGACACCGAACCGUAUCCGUUCAGGGCAGCUUUCGCUUGAUGAUUCAUGGAAGGGAUGGAAUGAGAAAUUUGAGAUCCUCGCGACAACCAAUAAUGGCAAAGAGAUCGUCAUCGCCAAGUUGAAACACGGCAAAGGGAUGUAUCUGGUCACCAGCCUCCACAAUCAGAGAGACUCGCAAGUUUCUAAGAAUCGUCGAAUGCUUGAGAAUUUGGUGCAUUUCGCUGUCCGAUUUUUGGAAGCACCCAAGAGGAAGGAAAAAUGA